AGAAGAAGAAGUACAAGAGGUGGAGUGGAGUCGUCUCCUCUCCUCUCCUCUCCUCACCUGUAUAAAAAACAAACAAAAUACUACUCUCUCUCUCUCUCUCUCCCACCAAUCACAAACUAGUACAUCCGGUGAAAUGUCAAAAUUCCACCCCCCACUCCACUCCAAAACUAUGCAGCAGUAGACACACACGUCCACACAUAUUACUAAAAAAUACUGUACUAUACUACUCCACACCGACGAUUCGCCGACCCCCUUUCUGCUCUGCACCCUUCUCUCUCUCUCUCUCUCUCUCUCUGGCUCACUUCCAAUCCUAGUUUCAAGGUCAUGUCUAGUUUGAUCUCCCGAUAAUCUCUCACCCCCACCUAACGGUAAAGUCCCCUCAAUUUCUCAAGUAAUAACCCCAUAUACUCACAGAACAACAAAUGGGUUGUUCAAGCUCUAAGGUUGACGACCUUCCAGCGGUGGCCCUCUGCCGUGACCGCUGUGCCUUCCUCCACGACGCUAUCCACCACCGCCACGCCCUCUCCCAAGCCCACCUCUCCUAUCUCCACUCCCUUAAAGGCGUCGGUCUCUCCUUGCUCCGCUUCUUCGAUCACCAGGACCUCCUCAAUUCCACGGCCCCCCUUCCGUCCCCGGUUAUCAAUCUCCCCCCUCAAAGAAAAGAAAAAAACGACUCCCCACCCUACCGUAAUACGGCUAUUCAUCAUCAUCACUCGCACUCCAACUCCGGCUCCCACCUUCACUUCCACAAUUCCGAUUCAGACGAUUCGGGCUCCGAUUCUCCUCUCCACCACCACUCUGGUAACAAUUCCCCUUUACAUAUAAAUUAUUCAGACCACCAACCACUAAGUUCGUAUCAAGUAGGAGACUUUAUGGGUAUGAAUAUCAACAUGAAUUACAUGAAGAAUAAAGCGACGCCGUCUGUGUCGUACGAGCAACGACCGGUGAGCGCAGAGACUGUGUACAUGGGCGAGUCGUCUUCUUCGUACUAUCCUCCUAAUGAAAACCCUAAUAGUUCUUAUUCUAGCUACGGUUAUUACGGAAGUGGGCCCGGGGUUAAUGGCUUCUUCGGUUCACCGCCGCCUUCUUAUGGUUCUUCCUACGCGCCGCCGGCUCCGGUGGGGCCAGUAGAAGUGGGGGAGGCUUCAACUUCGAAAAAACCUCCUCCGCCACCGCCAUCCCCGCCGAGGAACUCUGGUUGGGAUUUCUUGAACCCUUUUGAGAGUUUAGAGAAGUAUUAUCAUGUGCAGACCUCGAGUCGCGGGUUGAAGGAGUUGAGGGAAGAGGAAGGGAUUCCUGAUUUGGAAGAUGAGGAUUUUCAGCAGGAGGAAGUGGUGAAGGAGGUACAGGUGGAGCGGAAAUUUGUUGAUAGUAGUAGAAAUUAUGCAAAAGGGGUGGCGGAGGAAAGGGAUUCGGAUUCACUUUACCGAACGAGGCCGGAUGUUUCAGCGGAAAAUGAUACAGGGGAGUAUGAGGUUCAUAUGGUGGACAAGAGAGUUGUCGAUAAUGAGGAGGGGAGGUCAGGGGAUCGCGGUAAUGUGGCUGCUUUCAAGGCUCAGGACGACUCCGAAGUUGUGAGGGAAAUCCAGGUUCAAUUCGAGCGAGCUUCCGAGUCAGGCAAUGAGGUUGCAAAGAUGCUUGAGGUUGGGAAAUUUUCUCAUAAGAAAAAUUCUGCCUAUCAAGUUUCCUCGAAGAUGUUGCAUGCAGUUGCACCUUCAUCGCCAGUAGCGUCAUCACACCCUUCUACUUCUGAAAUUGGCGAGUCAUCCUCUAUUGACAAGGCUGAUCCUGCUUUUUUGGAAAUUGAUGAAGAAAGGUUGAUAGGAUCUGGGAAUCUUUCUUCUACGCUACAAAAGCUGCACCUUUGGGAGAAAAAACUAUAUGACGAAGUUAUGGUUGAGGAGAAAUUGAGGGUGCUCCAUGAAAAGAAGUGCCAUAAGCUGAAGCGUUUGGAUGAAAAAGGUGCUGAGGCUCAUAAAAUUGAUGCAACACGAACUCUAGUGAGGAGCCUUUCCACCAAAAUAAGAAUUUCGAUUCAGGUUGUUGAUAAGAUUUCUGUGAAGGUUAAUAAGUUGAGGGAUGAAGAGUUGUGGCCACAAUUGAAUGAAUUCAUUCAGGGGUUAACCAGAAUGUGGAAGUCUAUGCUUCAAUGUCAUCGUAGUCAAUGCCAAGCUAUUGGACAAGCUAAACGGUUGGAUGCUGUUGCAUUGCAGAAAUAUCUAAGUGAUGCACAUCUUGAAGCCACGUUGCAGCUUGAACACGAGCUACUUAAUUGGACUUCAGUAUUCUUCUACUGGGUUGGUGCUCAGAAGGGUUUUGUCCAAGCACUAAAUAGCUGGCUACUAAAAUGCCUUUUAUAUGUACCUGAAGAAACACCUGAUGGCAUUAUUCCCUUCUCUCCUAGCAGAAUAGGUGCACCUCCUGUGUUUGUAAUCUGUAAUCAGUGGUCACAAGCAAUGGAGAGAAUUUCUGAGAAGGAAGUCGUUGAAUCUAUGCGAGAUUUUGCCACAAACGUGCUUCAGCUGUGGGAGCGGGAUAAGCUUGAGAUGCAGCAUAGGGGGAUGGCAAACAAGGACAUGGAGAGGAAAGUGAAGAAGUUGGAGAGGGAGGACCAGAAGAUACAGAAGGAGAUUCAGGCAUUGGACAAAAGGAUAGUUCUUGUUUAUGGGGAUGGCAACGGUAUUUCAUUAAGCGGACGUGCUGUUUAUCAGAGUGACACCAGCAAAACUGGUAGUUUGCAGGUGAGUCUGCUACGUACUUUUGAGGCCAUGGAUGGGUUCAUGGAAAACUCCUUGAGGUCAUAUGAUGAGUUGUUGAAACGCAUUGAAGAGGAUAGACGGGAUAGACUUGGUCGUGGGAGUGAGGAAAAUGGCCUAUGCAUUAUGGAUGAUAAUAAAGUUUUGUGGUCUAAACUUCCUGCAGAUGUUAUACAAGUUACCGAGAUGGAUUCUCAGUUCUCACUGUGUGUGAACUAUUGGAGAGAAGAAAGACAAAGAUUUGAGCAAGAGCAAGAGCAAGAGCAAGAGCAAAGAAAAACACCCCAUAUCUCUCUCUCUCUCUCUCUCUCUCUUAAAUACUUCCUAUUGCUUAUAGAGGACAAGUCUGAGACAGUGAAUGAGACCAUGGGCUGUUGUGAAUCGUCAUUUCUGGCAGAGACACACCCAGAAAAGGACCACCGACAUAAACAGCACCAACACCAGAGCCUAAAUCCACCUUUAAACCACCACCCCGACGCGGCCACCGCCAUCGGAAUCCCGUCCUUCUUGGAGUUCUCUUUGACGGACCUCAAAGCGGCCACCAACAACUUCAGCCCCGACUACAUCGUCUCCGAAGGCGGCCAAAGAGCCCCUAAUGUCGUCUACAAGGGCCGCCUUCAGAACCGCCGCUGGAUCGCCGUCAAGAAAUUCGCCAAAUUGGCCUGGCCUGACCCUAAGCAAUUUGCGGAGGAGGCAUGGGGCGUGGGGAAGAUGCGGAACCGAAGACUUGCAAAUUUGAUAGGGUAUUGCUGUGAUGGUGAUGAGAGAUUGGUUGUUGCCGAGUAUAUGCCCAAUGACACUCUUGCUAAACAUCUAUUUCACUGGGAAAAUCAGACCAUUGAGUGGGCCAUGCGUUUGAGAGUAGCACUUUAUAUAGCUGAAGCCUUAGAGUAUUGCAGCUCUGAAGGUCGUCCCUUGUACCACGACCUGAAUGCUUAUAGGGUCCUUUUUGAUGAGGAUGGUGAUCCGCGACUUUCAUGUUUCGGUUUGAUGAAAAAUAGCAGGGAUGGGAAAAGCUAUAGCACAAAUCUUGCCUACACGCCUCCAGAGUAUCUGCGUAAUGGAAGGGUCACCCCUGAAAGUGUUGUGUAUAGCUUUGGCACUGUUCUUUUGGACCUGCUAAGUGGAAAACACAUCCCUCCAAGUCAUGCUCUUGACAUGAUGCGUGGCAAGAACAUUUUACUCGUAAUGGAUUCACAUUUGGAGGGGAAGUUCUCUACCGAAGAAGCAACCGCGGUGGUUGGUCUUGCGUCACAAUGCUUGCAGCAUGAACCUAGAGAACGGCCUAGUACAAGAGACCUUGUUGCUACACUUACUCCCCUGCAAACAAAAUCCGAUGUUCCUUCAUAUGUCAUGCUUGGUAUUUCAAAGCACGAGGAAGCUCCACCAACCCCACAACGCCCUCUUUCACCAUUGGGGGAGGCUUGCUCACGGAUGGACCUAACAGCAAUCCAUCAACUCUUGGUAAUGACACACUAUCGGGAUGACUAUGGAACCAAUGAGCUAUCUUUCCAAGAAUGGACCCAACAGAUGAGAGACAUGUUGGAGGCAAGGAAGCACGGGGACUUAGCAUUUCGUGACAAGGAUUUUAAAGCUGCCAUCGAUUGUUAUUCUCAGUUUAUAGAUGUAGGAACAAUGGUGUCCCCGACUGUUUAUGCGCGGCGAAGCCUAUGUUAUCUUCUGUGUGAUCAACCAGAUGCUGCUCUUCGAGAUGCAAUGCAAGCACAAAAUGUGUAUCCAGACUGGCCAACAGCCUUUUACAUGCAAUCAGUGGCCCUUGCCAAGCUGGACAUGCAUCAGGAUGCCGCUGACAUGAUGAAUGAAGCUGCUGGACUUGAAGAGAAGAGGCAAAAGGGUGGGAGAGGAUCAUGAGAAUGUCGAGCCAUUUAAUCAUGAAUAAAUUGAUUCACUAAAACAUGCUGUUAAACACCUCCCGGAGUUUGUAAAAUCUGGGUUGGGAGUUGAAGUUGUCAUCCCAAUUGCAAAUGUAUUAUAGAGCCGCAAGCCCACAAUACAUGUUCAUUGCAUUAAGGCAAGUUUCUUUUUGCACAACUUCGACGGCAAAUUAUUAUCUUUUAGUCUUCUUAGCUU